AUGGGUACAAGUGUUCCUGAAGGGCCGCUGGAGCUGGGGUUACCAGUGCUGGAAACGUUUGCUGGACGCCUGAUUAAAGUAGGAGUGUUAGCAAGGCGGGAUAUUCCCAGCCUUACAAAGUACCAGAUAAUUCUAGCAAGAGACCAAUAUAGAAAAAACCCUUCUUCACAAAAUAUGGGAAUGCAUCAAGGCAUCAUCGAAGGAGAUUUUGCACUUUGCAUCAGUUUAUAUCAUGGUUAUGAGCUGCUGCUGCAAAUGGGAGUACGGUCAUUAUUUAUCUACCUUUGUGGAAUUAUGGAUGGAUCAAAAGGGCUAAGCCGUACAAAGACUGAACUUGGUCGUAACGAGGACUUCAUGAAGCUCUAUCAGCAGCUUAGAGACAUGUUUUCAGGCACAUCUCUGGCCUCAGCGAAUGGAAAUGUUUACAAGAGUACAACAGUGUUUGAAAAUAAAAAGGAAUUUAUCUACAGCCAUCCAAAAUUAAGGAAAUUGGAGGAAAUUGUAAUAGAACACUUCAAAUCCUGGAAAGGGGGAUCUUCUGGUAGCAGGUCUGCGGACGCCGUGGACACCCGCGUGAUGAUCUUCUCCUCGUUCCGGGACAGCGUGCAAGAAAUUGCAGACAUGCUUUCCCGGCUCCGGCCGGUGGUUCGGGUGAUGACGUUUGUGGGCCACUCCACGGGGAAGAGCACGAAAGGCUUCACGCAGAAGGAGCAGCUUGAGGUGGUAAAACGCUUCCGUGAGGGUGGGUAUAACACCCUGGUCUCCACCUGCGUCGGGGAGGAAGGCUUAGACAUCGGAGAAGUUGAUCUCAUCAUCUGCUUUGACGCCCAGAAAAGUCCAAUUCGCCUCGUGCAGAGAAUGGGCCGAACGGGGCGCAGGCGGCAGGGCAGGAUCGUUGUCAUCCUCGCCGAAGGGCGGGAGGAACGGACUUACAAUCAAAGCCAGUCCAACAAAAGGAGCAUCCACAAAGCUCUUUCGGGAAACAAAAUGCUUCAUUUCUACCAGCGUAGCCCACGUAUGAUUCCAGAAGGCAUAAACCCAAAGUUGCAUAAAAUGUUUAUUACUGCUGAAAAAUAUGAACCAAGCGAUUCAAGAGCGCUUUCCAAAGAGAGAAGAUCUAGUUCCCUCUGGCAUAAAUCUGCUCUCUUUCCCUGCCAAAAGCAAACACACCGUCAUGAGAACUGGUCUCUGUCGCCUGAGGAAUUUGAAAUAUGGGACAGACUUUACAGGAUUAAGGAAAGUGAUGGAGUGAAGGAACCGGUAUUGCCGCAAAUUCGGUUUGAAACCUUAGAAAACCUGGAAGAGACUCCAAAGCACGAGGAGAAGGCAACUCGGGAGCUUUCCUUGUCUGAAUGGAGCCUUUGGCAGAAUCGCCCUUUUCCUACAUCCGUGGUUGGUCACUCGGAUCGUUGCUACCAUUUUAUCAGUGUUAUGGAAAUGAUAGAGCUGAUGAGGCACGAGCAGGGAGACUGCAGCUAUGAACUGGAGAUUCAGCCUCACUUACGUAUCGAAGAUGUCAGCGUUCAAAGGAAUAAAAGUCAUCCUUCCACCACCAGCUCCACACUCGAUCAGAAAGCAGCAAGAAGGCUUGCUCUGGUUGAAAGUGCUGACCAGGGCAACCAAAAGGAUGAGGAACUAGAGGUGACGUUUGACUUAAAUGAAUCCAUUGACCUAUGGGACAACAGUGAAAGUACUGUAAUUCGUGAAAGUGCAGCGAUAAAGGAAUACCAGACUGCAGAUAAAGCUUGUAAGUCGCUGGGGACGAACCACACAGAUUCGGGUUAUAGUAGCUUCACAGCUGAGAAAUCACCUGUGUCCUCUGACUUAUUUUAUCUUCCUGAAUCCCAUGUGGAUUCAUUUGCACUUGUGAGACUAUCUGAGGAGCCUUCUUGGUUAAAACAAGCAUUUUCCGAUGUGAAAAGGCUUUUAUCACAGUCUCCUCCCUCUUUGAAUAGACUUUAUGAUUUGGAAAACAUGAUGAGAAAUGAAGAAACAAGAUGUCCUUUUCAAACAGUUAUUUCUGAGAGUUAUUCAGCGAGACUGCGGGACAAAGUCUGCCCUGCCUCCUCAGAAGUCAAUCGUUCAGUGCUGCUCUUUGAAAACCCCGAGCUGAAAGCCACCAGUGAAUCGUGUGCUGCUGUACGUGACUGUUCUUCAAAAACUGUGUUGUCUUCUGAGACGGCUGUUGUGAAAGCCGAGAAGGAACUUCCCUGGAAUGACAGCUUUGACAGUCUGUUUGACGAUGAAGAAUUCACCGAAAUCCAAAAGAAGACUCCAACAAUAAAUCACGCUCUGACAAAUAACCCUUCAAAUAAGUAUUUCCUUCAGAAAGACAAAGAUCAUCUGGAAAUUAACAAAAACCCGGUGAUUACUGAUGAAGAGAAGAGUACACAUUUGUUUGAAGAUGACCACGUUCCUGACGCAAACAACAGAAGUUUGCCGAGAAGCAGCAAGCACUUUGCCAGGCCAGAGGCAGGUGGGAGUGUUACUGGGCCGGUGGUGGAGCGAGGCUCGGGGCGGUUUCCUUCAGAGGCGCGCUGCCGGAACGCUGACGAAGCCCAGGAGGAGCAGCCAUUGAGCAGUAGGACCACCACCGCGGAGGUGUCAGGGGGUGCUGGUGCGAUGGAGCAGCUUCUGGAUAGCGGUGACCUUUAUGACAGUUCUCAGGAACUGUUUUCGGUUAACUUUGAUCUGGGCUUUUCCAUCGAAGAGUGUGAGAACGAAAGCUUUGAAGAAAAUAUAAAUCCUAAUAACACCGGAAAACUAAAUGGCGCCUCGGGGAGUCAUGCAGAUGUUAAAUCCACUGAAGGAAGAACUGAAAACCUGGAAGACACCAACGUUCGUGGUUCCCGUGUGUCUCCUGGCGAAGGAACCAGCUGUGAGAGUGAAGAAGAGAUUGUUUUCCAGAGAAAAAAUAGGAAAAAGAAGAAUGUUUUGAAGUCUCCUGAUGGUAUGGACGAUAGCGACUUGGAAUCGCCGGUUCGUGCCGUCAGAAAACGUCGACACCUGCUUACCGUGUCGGACACGUCCAGCGAUGACAGCACGGAUUUUCGCCAGAACUCGACUAGGGCCACGGACAGCAGCGCAGCAGCCUGCGCCGAAAGCCAGCGCAGACGUACGAAACGGCAAAGGGUCAGGAGCAGUUUGAUGGACAAGGAAUUGACCGUCUACUCCGAUGGUUUCAACUUGGAACGUCCUCAGGCAGCAGUGGCCCCUCGAUCCCAGCGCUUUGCUCUUAGCUGUAACCUGUCCCCGCCUCGGGAGCGGGUGCAGGAGAGGCCGCGGGGCCAGACUCGUGGGUUCGUG